AAAACCCUUCACGCAAAAACACCCUUUAUUAUAUAAGACUCUCUCUUUCCCUAACAUGUUACAGACAACAAGUACUACAAACCCUUUUCUUCAACAGCUUUUGAUCUUACAGAAAUGGCCGGUCAGCAGAUGAAAUCUGUCGCUGGUUUGCUUUUGGUUCUGAAUUUCUGCAUGUAUGUCAUUGUGCUAGGAAUCGGCGGCUGGGCCAUGAAUAGAGCAAUCGACCAUGGUUUCAUUAUUGGUGCUGAUUUCAAUCUUCCUGCCCACUUCUCACCCAUAUACUUCCCAAUGGGAAAUGCUGCUACUGGAUUCUUUGUGACAUUUGCUUUGAUCGCCGGAGUUGUUGGUGUUGCUUCAGCCAUUGCUGGACUCAACCAUCUUCGUUCUUGGACAUCUGAAAGCUUGCCAUCUGCGGCCGCAGCUGCUACCAUUGCAUGGACUCUCACUCUCCUCGCCAUGGGCUUUGCUUGGAAGGAGAUAGAGCUCGAAAUUAGAAAUGCCCGUCUGAGGACAAUGGAGGCAUUCUUAAUCAUCCUUUCAGCGACCCAGCUUCUUUAUAUAGCAGCCAUCUAUGGCUCUGCAUCAAGAUGAUCUUUGAAAAGUUGAGUCACUUUGGUGCUGGGUGUGCUGCGUUUGCAUUCUUUUGUUUAUCUUACCCUUCGUAGUGUUGGUGUGUAAUGGUGUGAUUGGUAUGGCUUACGCGUCAAGGGAUGCACAAAAAUACAAUCUACAUUUUCGUUUACAUUUUUGUGAAUAUUCUUUUACCUUGAUGGAUUUGAAGCAGAAGCUAAUAAAUAUGUUGAUUGUUGAGUAA